UGGGGCCCAUAGGAUUUGGGGGCCCGGGCAUAAUAAUUGGUGAUAUUCGUUUGUUUUUUUCCAUGGUUAUCUAUGGUCCAUAGACUGGUACAAAUUAACUACGAAUCAUGUUCUACUUAGGGAUUUUCGUUUUACAUGUUUGCAACAGUGUUGUGAAGGAAGUGGGGUGUGAGAAGACCAUCAGCUAAGCAAAAAUUGAAUUUUUUAAUUAUCCUAAAUACAACUGGAUAACUUUUUAUGAAAUAAACAAAAAACAAAAAAAUGAAUUCAAAGAAAACUAGAAAGGAAAAAGUCAAGGUGGAUAAGCAAAGUGGCACUGAAUUAAAUGAGUCUGAAAAAACAAACAUUUCUGAGAAUAACAAGAAAAAGAAGAAGAAAUUGGCGAACAACAAUGUAGAAAACAUUGAAAAUAGCACUAAAUCGGGUAGAAAGAGAAAAACCAAGCAAAUUUUGGAGGAAAAUACCAGGGAGUUAGUCAAUAAGAAGUCCAAGAAAAAUAAAUUAAGUGUCUCUGAAGACAAUGACGAUGAAGUUCCCACAAAUGGAAUUUCCUGUAACGAAGAUGAGCAGUAUAUUAAAAAAUCUUUGUCAGAUGAUGAAGAUACCGAUCAUGAAGAAGACAAAGUAAAUGCUAAAGAAAAUAAUGUGGAAACAGAAAAGAAAAAAGAGGAAAUAAUGUGGUCAAAUGAAGAUUUGAUGGAGUUGGUUGCAAACAUGGAAAAACUGAUCCCAAAAAAUGACAUUAUGGCCUUUACAACCAGAACAGAAAAAUUAGAGUGGGAUAAAGUAAUUUUUAAGGAAUAUACGGUUGAAGAUUGUAAGAAAACCUGGAACUUGCUCUCGAAAAAAAUCCGGAGGUACAGGUUACUCCACGAAGUUCUGGAUGACGCCAGGCAGUUGAUCGUAAAUCCGCCAAGUCAAAAAAACAAAAAAAACAAACAAAUUCAUCCUGAUAUGCCUAAAAGGCCGCUCUCUUCAUACUUGCUGUUUUAUUUGAAGAAAAAGGAUAAAAUCACUGCUGAAUUUCCUGGAAUGGAACUUACUGAGAUUAGUAAAAAAAUCGGCAAUAUUUAUAAAAAUUUAACUCCAGAGAAAAAGGCGAUUUACGAAGAAAUGGCAGCUAAAGCUAAGGAAGAAUAUGAGGAGAAAAUGAAGGAAUUUUACGAGAACCAUCCAGAGUUCCAGAAAGUGGCAAAAGUGCCGGCCCCGAAACCGAUUAAGGAAAGGGUGCCAAAAAAGCCGAGCACACCUUUUGGAUUCUACUACCAAUCGGAGCUGACGAAAGAAAACAUUCCGGACGCGGAGAAGCAACAGUUCAAGGAGCGCUGCAAGUCGCGCUGGAAAGAAAUGUCGGACAAGAAGAAAUUAAUUUGGAUCACGUGGGCCGAAGAGCAAAACGCCUUGUACGAAUCAAAUCUGCAGACUUACAAGGCCAACCAUCCGGAUUACGUUGUUAAUCACACCACCAAGUUGAUACUGACUAAGGAGGAAAAGUCAGUCAAGGAGCGUGUAGCCGGCAAGCCGAUUAAACCGCCCGUCAGUGCUUACGCCUUAUUUUCCAGAAACGUUCUGCAAACUCCCCAAGUUAAGGACAUACCCAACAAGGAGAGAUGGAACUUUGUCGCUGCCCAAUGGAAAACUUGCUCGGAAGAAGAGAAAAAGCAUUACAAAGACCUGCAAACCAACUUGAUGGAGCAGUACAAAUUGGAUUUUGCGCAGUACCUCGAAACGUUACCUGAAGACAAACGCAACCUGGAGCUGCAAACCAACGCGCCGAAGAAGCGCAAGUCCGAGGAGCACGUGGGUCCGUCGAACAAAAAGCGAAAAAAAACGGAAGAGAAGGCUACCGCCGCCGCCGCCGCCGCCGCCGCCGGAGUGAAAACGGAGCCGAAGCCGAAAUUCCAGGAGCCCGAACAACCGCCGAGGUCUGCUUUCAAGUAUUUCGCGCAGGUUUACGGCGGCAAGGAGCCGGCGGCGCAGGCUUGGAAGAAACUGCCGGCGGACGAAAAGGAAAAGUUCGAGGAGGAGUUGAUUAUUAAGAAGCGCGAGUACAUAGCAGCGUUCGAGAAGUUCUUGAAGAGCUUGUCCAAGGAGGAGCUCGAAGCUUUUUCCAACUCGAGAAACCAAGUCAAACAACAAACAGCUGCCGACAGCGACGACGAAGAAGAGGAGGAGGAGGAGGAGGAUGAGGAAGAGGAGGAAGAAGAACAAGAGGAAGAAAGUGAUGAUGGGGAUAGCUCAGGUUCAAACAGCGACUCUAGUGAUGAUGAGUGAGAAGAAAGCCAAAAAAUCUUCACCAUAGACCUGAUGUAUAUGUAUAGAUUUUUAGUUUUCAUUUGGUGGUCAUAUUCGUUUUAAUAGAAUAAAGACUUAUUGCCAUAUUUUUCAAAAAUUGUGCGGAAUAUUAAAAAUAUAUGAUUACUACUUAAAAAAUCCUUCAUUUUUUUUAAUACUCUAUAUUUUCAUUUUAUAUUGAAACCAUCUUUGUAAACUUAAUUUUGUACUUGUUUAUUU